AUGUCUAUACUAUACUAGAUUGCUAACUUCGAUCUUUGACCUAUACAAGAGCUGUGUCCCGCCUAUUUUCCGGUUCGGCCAUGAAAACCGCCAAAACAUGGUGGCGGUGUGUGUUUUUAGUGCGUACGUGAGUAUCCGAUGCGUGUGUAGUAGUGCUGUACUGUAAGUAUGUGAUACCUGAUGUGUCUACACUGAUGUGUCGUAUCUACUGCUAUUUAAUUAGUAAAACUGCAAAUAUAUAAACGAGAUAAUGCCAAGUACAUGUUGCAUUGUUAAUUAUAAUAAUACGAAUAAAAAAGGAUAUCACUUAUUUAAAUUUGCAGUUUUACUAACAUAAAUAGUAGUAGACACAUCAGGUGUCACAUACGCACUACCACGCACUACUACAUACGCAUCGGGUAUUCACAUACACACUACAAAUACACACCGCCGCCAUGCUUGGCGGUCUUCAUGGCCGAACCGGAAAAUGGGCGGGACCCAGCUCUUUUGAGAAGUUAGCAAUCUAGUAUAGUAUAGACAUCUGUGUCGAUGGUAGAUCGAUUUUAUUCGGAGCUACACGCAGUGUAAUAAGACAGUGGUCACGUUCAGCGAAAAAAACUGCUCAGCUACCGUUCCGUAGUAAACGUCUCUGAUUGGUACGUCUGUUCGGACCUGCCAAAGAUUUAAAAGUAUUCUCCAAUCAUGAACAUUUAUUGCUGAGUGGUGAACAGUUAUAGCGGAGUAAUUUUCUCCUCUGAACAUGACCAGUAAUGGUACAAUCUGAUGCAAUAACCGGAUCGCUUCAUUGCACUCUAUUAUACCCGACUGUACUGUAAAUAAAAGGUGGCGUUCUAUGAGCAAUGAUUAAUUCAAACUGCGAUUAUACACGUGCCUCGUAUAUAUAUAUUUCGUGUCCCACCAUUAUACAAAAAUUCAACAAGUUUUGGCGUGCAGUCCUCCUGACAAACAAACUUUAGUGCAUUGUGAAGCAACGAAAUCGUAUGACGUUUGAACAGCUUAUAAAUGUGCGUCGGUCGUCGGUAUGAGUCGUUAUCAUCGUGAUAUUACGGCGAAUUUGUGAAGUUGACGACGAAAAGAAUAGUAUUCGGCGGCGAGGUAGCAUCGUGACAUCGCCGGAAUGGCAGUAAACAAGAUCCCGCGUUUGAUCCUGAGGCUGUUGAUACUGAUGAGCCUGUACGUGGCCGCUCAUGACAGUGUCAAUGCCACCGUCAAGUGUCAAUUUGAGAGGCCCAUGCGGAAACAGGUGCCAGCAGAGCCGUUAAACGGCAUGUGUCUACGAGACAUCGCUGUACACGUAUCCAAAAUGCUGCGGUCCGUCAUCGUCGCCGAGGAGCUCGGUGUGCAUUCUUUCCAGGAGAUGAUAGAUAAGAUGGAGUUCACGCAAAUAUCCGGCAACUUGAUCGUGAAACUGAACUCGUUGGUGGAUAAAUUCAACAAUAAACUCAGGGCAUACAUCGAUGUUCUCAAGCAGAGUUACAACACGAUACAUCCUGUCCUGUGUAAGACACAGGAUUAUUCCGUUUAUUCUAGUCAAAUGGUUGGUCUAAAUAUUAUGCAGGAUAAAGUUUCAGAUGUGUGCACUCGAAUUGUAGCAGUACUCACAACAAGCACAAGGUUUCAAGAAUGGAAAAAUUUGCAUAUUCUGCCAGUAAGCCAACCAGGUACAAUAUGUGGGCCACCCACAUUGGCACAUAAUAUUGGCCCUCUUGUGUUAUCUCAAUAUUGUAGCGAAAAGAAUGUCAUCCUGCUUCUGGAACAUGGCACAUUUAUGUCAGAAACUGAUUUUGCCUUGACUCAAAUGGCAGCCAAAACUAUUAUAGAUAUGUUGUCCGAGACUGAUAAUGUGGCAGUUGUAGGUCUUGCCAGUACUAUUCCCUUAUAUUGCAAAGAUGGCUUAUUGAAAGCAACAGAUAUAAAUAAGUUUCAGCUAGCCCGUUAUAUUGAUAGUUUAACCAGAACAGAUAUUAAUCAAACAAUAAAAAUGGAGCUUGUGUGGAAAAUACUUGAGAGAAAAUUAACACAAAAUCUAAAACAUGAAGUGGUUAUUAUAUACUUAACUAACAGGUUGAGGGAUCCAUUGAAUAUACAAGCAGUUCCUGAUGCUAUUUCAGAAAUAUUUAAAUUUUACUUCAAGACAAUACUUAUUCUUCCAGAACAACAAUCACAUCUUGGUAUUAAAGAAUCCCUAAGCAAUGACAGUGUCAUAGUUCUCCCAACACAAAAUAUCCUUGGAUAUGAAAUAGGAAAGCUAUUUUCUUGCUUGCAAUGUCCUGAUCAGCGCAAGAAAGAUUAUCACAUAUCAGACCCAUAUUUUGAGCCAUAUAGCAAGACGAUGAUACUGUCUAUUGGACAGAUCACGAAUGUGGCAUUGCUGUCUUUAGACGUGAAAUUGCGCGACCUUCUCGAUGACAUAACAUAUUUUAAUGCUGGUCCUGAUAUACAUGCUAUACUCUUCGACAGCAAAGGUGUAGUUUGGAUGCAUAAAAAUUUCCCCAGGACCGAGACGGUAAUCGAGCAACAGCUUAAAGUGCAUUUACAAGAUAUUGAAAAUAUAGAUAGUACACUAGUGGAGAAAAUGAUAGACGAGACCGAAGGUGUCUUAAGUGCGAAAACGAAGUUGGGCGAGCAGAGGCAGUACAGAUGGAAGCAUUUAAUUUAUGAAGAUUUAAUAAUAUGCUUAGUAUCGACGACUGAAGAAGCAGUAUUGCCCGUUGCAAAAACUGUACCUUCGCUACCAAUGGACAUAUUACAUCAUCGUCUCGAUCUGAUGCUUCAAACUAUCGUUAACAAAGACACACUCUGCGUCUAUAGAAACAGAAUUAUCACUUAUUCAACGGGGGUAGUUUAUCUCUCACCAUGGUGUUUUCAGUCUCCAAUGGAGCAAUUGAAAUUGUUGGAAACUGGUUCAGCUGUGACUGUACAAAGUUACAUGGCGUACAUAAAAGAUCUCACAGGUCUCUUGGCCAAUCCUGGUUUGCAUCCGUCCGUGAAGCCGGAUGUAGCGACCUUAGCGCAAGUUUUAGAACAUUUCAAAAAGCAACAUACCGAAAGUUUAAUAAAUAAAUUUAUAGUACGAAGAUAUGUUGUCAGUACAGUCAGUGGCGUGUUGGAAAUAUUUCCGGGAUUAGUAUUGGAUUCUGGUUUUGACCCCAAAAGACGGAUGUGGUACGGAAAAGCGCUGGAGCAUCCCGACAAAGUAGUCUUGACUCCACCUUAUUUAGACGCGGGUGGAUCAGGUUACGUGAUCACUCUCAGUCAAACUGUUAAGGUCUCUCUAGCGAAAAAUGCAAAUGCCGAUUACGUCAUCGCUAUCCUAGCCAUGGACGUUUCCAUGGGCUACAUCGCGAGACAGCUGUCGAAUAUGUUUUCGUUCUGUAAUUAUGCGACUGUGAAGUGCUUCCUGAUGGAUGAUAAAGGUUACUUGGUGUCUCACCCUUCGCUGUUGGAGGCGACAGGCAAGAUAGAACAGCAACAUUUGACGCACAAGGAACUGUUGAUCGCUAACGACAUCUUGAAUCAUGGAUUGUUCGUGAAAAAGAAAUCGUGCGCUAAUCACUUAGACGGCACGGUGCAACGAUAUUAUCAGUUCAAUACGUCGCUCGACGAAGUGCUCACCAAUAUGGCACAUGGCGAGCACUGUGUCAAAUAUCAAGUAGCCGCUAUACCAGGCACCAACCUGUUUAUUGGAGUUGUCAAUAUGACAACACAGUGCAGUCAGCUUAGAGCUUUCUGUCCUUGUAGCACGAUGGAUCAUUCGUGUCUAAACUGUAAGAGCAUGGAACAAACUGGUUGCGAAUGCCCCUGCGAGUGUUCGCUGUACACUUCUAGCUGCACACAACAGAAUACGGACAAUCUAAGUUCCUGCCAGCCUUUAUACGAGCAAGGUUCGAGUCUACAGACUCCGUGGAUACAGCCAGUAAAUAUAAAAUCAUGCCCGUCCGUUGAUUGCAAGUCGUACACCACGGAAAAAGACUGUCUGGGCAUCGUGGAUUGUCAAUGGUGUCAUAUCGACUCUGACGGCGAGACUAUUUUGCAACAUCCAUUUUGCUCCGACAUGUCCGUAUGUUUCAAGGGAAUAUUCGGGUCUUUGAUACCCUACACUGAUGGCACUUAUAAUUCACAAUCGGCGGACGAGAUCGAGACACGAGAAUGGCCAUCAGUCGGGCCGGUGGCUGGUGGAAUCCUCGCGUUGGUUCUCAUUCUAGGUGUCAUCCUCUUCUGCUACAGGCUGCGAUCGGUACACUCGAGCCUGGAGCAUCAAUGCUUACACCUACAUACCUCACCCGAUACGUUGCGCAUGACGCACAUCGAGGGCGAUCCAGAGCCCACGGAAUUGGACCAGGUGAAGAACAACUUGGACUGCCUCGCGAGGGACAAUAUCGCGCCGGUAUCACCGUACAGGGUCUCCACCAAUUACAGAAGACCGCCCGGCGGAGAUAGCGAUCACGGUUACAGCACGAUGACACCACACGACGAUUCCGAGCAGCAGACAUUCGUGGAACCUCUGCUGGUGGUCGGCAACAAUGUAGAGCCAGACUUAAACAGGCAGUCUACCGGAGUGCCUUCUCCUAUGACGUACUUAGGUUCGCCUCACCACGUUUUAGCGCCUGUCACCGUCCACCGUAAUAUGGAGACAAAUUAUUGCUAGCGAAACUGCCAUUUACUUGAAGAAUUAAGUAAGACACUUGCACAGCGUCGUUUUCGAUGCGUUGUUCAAUCUUAGCAUUUCGACUCCUGCCUGUUGAAGUUGCAUUAUUUUUAUUGCAAUCUUAAAGUUAAGGUAAUAUAAUACGCAUGUUUUAACAUUAGAACGAUUGAUCGAGAUAAUUUCGAUUGCCAAGUUUCUUCACGAUCACAUAUUUAUUUACUUUUUUCUUAUAUUGCAAACUAAGAUGUUUACAAACAUCAAGUGGCUCUUAUUAUUUGAUGGUAAAUGUCCCGGGCGAGUUCCAAAUGCAAAAGUAUAUUGUUUAUUAUGGAUGGGACCAUAUUAUCUCGCUCUAAAUCGCCCAAAAUCGAUCGUUUUAAUGUUAAUGACAUGUAGAAAUUUAUUACUUACAAUCUUUAAUAUGUAGAAGAUAUGAAUAACGUUACGUAUUACUUCAUUGUAAGAGUAGUUUUUAUUAUCGGUAAGCGACGAUAAGCACAGAUCUUUCCAUUAUUGACGAGCUUAAGAGAGUAUUUGUAACUUUUGUUACCUAACUGAACUUUUGUAAACUGUACCUAACUGAAGCCUUCCACAAGUGCUACUAACAGUUUACGGGUUGUGAGGAUUUCACGAAACUAUAUAGGUAGCUACGUUGAACAAGGGACUUAAUAUAAAGUACGAUAGUACUUUAGUACUACAGUAGAUAAUUACACUACAGUAGGGUGAAUUAUCUACGCAGUUUUAAUUGCUAACGUACGACUUGAAAUUGUGUAAAAACAUGCUAUUUUACUAUAAGUAAAUAUUGCAGCUUGCCAAGUAGUAUUUUAUAACGUGACGAGAAGUUAGCGAGAUAGUAACGAUAUAUUCAAAUAGGUGCUAUAUACAAUCGUAGUAAUGUAAGUUGAGAGAUUUAAAUAAGAUCGUAUCGUUAUUAUUGUUGAUUAUAGAAAAAUGACGUUAACGAGAAAUAUUAGCGCUAUUGGUAGCGACUUUUUAUUUUGUUAGAGAAUGAGUAAACUUUAGCUCACUGUCCGAAAUACUGCCAUCAUAUAUCGCUAUUGAGUCACAUAUAAUUCAGCCUAUAAUAGUAAUAAUAGUAAGAAACAAAAGCGGAGA